AUGGUCACUCAGGGGGAUGCUCAAGCCCCUACAGUAACUUUCUUCAUGCAUGACAUCAUUGGUGGAUCAACCCCUUCGGAAAGAAUCGUUGCUAGCACCGUUGUAGACACUCAGACAGCAAAACAUCCUUUCUCAAAACCCAACAACAGGAUCUUCCCCUUUAAAGGUGCCAUACUACCAUUAGUUGAUACAAGCACUACCACUUAUCCUACACAUUCUAGCACCACCAUGUUCAUAAAAAACAUUGACAAAAACAAGGUUGUUAUCGAUAGGAAUCCACUAGGAGCAUCACCAGACAAGUUUUUGUUCGGAAGAAUAACGGUUAUUGACGAUGAAAUUACAGAAGGGCAUGAGUUUGGGUCAGAGGUUAUUGGUAAAGCACAGGGAUUUCGUUACCUAAUAAGAUCUGUUGUCCAACAACGAAUGUUAACAUCCGUUUAUUGA